AUGGAAAAAAAGAAGAUGGAGAAGAAGAAGUUAGAGAAUUUGAUCGAGAAGAAGAAGAAGAUGGAAAAAGAAAAACAUGGAAAAGAAAAACAUGGAGGAGAAGAGGAAGAACGAGAGGAAGAAGAAGAUGGAGCAGAAGAAGAAGAUGGAGCAGAAUAG